GGGACCGUAACGUGACAUCGUUAAUCGGGUCCACUGAAACGAAAUGGGGAAGAGAGGAACUGCUAUAGGGAUAUAUGGCUCAACCUCACCUUUCCAUCUGCACGGCGUUCUCUAAACCAAUUUAUUCUACAGAUUAACGACUUAUUGUGGCAGAGUUUAUAUAGAGAUUUUCUCGAGUUUGUUGUGUACUUUCUACAAGUCUCUUGAAACAGUUUUUCAUUAUUGUUUCGCGCGUUUUCCAAGGCAGGGAUUCUUUUGGUAACCUUUUUUGAACCUCUCUUGCAACAUUAAAACAAUUUUUCUUUUUUUGUUUAUGGUACUUCAAAUCCCAACAUGCUCUCAAUCAACCAGUUUUCACGUAUCUCUCGGUCUUCCGUCGUCUCCUCCCUUUGUAAAAGAUUCCAAAGCACAGCUCCAAGCCAAAAAGAUGCCAACUUUUUGCAACACGAUUACAAGGAGGCAGUCAAAAGUAUCCGAAAAGAUUAUGCCACCGAAGCCGAAUCUGCCAUGAAGCGCAGUGAAGAAGCAUCCGCAAAGCUAAAAGAUGUUGUACAAAGACAUCGUACCGCAGUAAAACAAAAAAACGAGAGGGUGGAUAUCCGAGUACCAGGAAUUGCUCCUGAUACUUACCCUCUGCCAGAUCCUGAUGCGGAAAUUCGCAAACAAAGAAAACAGGAAAACAUCUUUGAAAAAGAAUACCGUUCAAAAAAAGCAUUGGUUAAGCAGUUAGCCAAGAUAUAUUUCGCCGACAGCAAAAAGUACGUUGUGGACAUGGACGGAUUAGAAAACUUAAUCAAUAAUGCUUUCAAUAAUCCAAAUGAUGUUUUUACUCAACUUCCUACCAGAGAAGAAUCAAACUCUUCUAGCAUCUUUCUGAACAGUUCUGAAUCCAGAACGAAUGAAGACAUCAUGAACCAUGCAGCAGAAACUGUGAUGGAUCAAUUAUAUUCACGGAAACUAGCGUCACCUAAUGCUAAUGAAGAUUCCCAAAAUUCCUCUUAAGCUCGUGUGUAUGAAUGUGAAUAUGCAUAUUGAUGUACUGAACUCUAAUCUAAUGCUGAUGCUAUUUUUAUUCCUGAAGGAUUUGAGACAAUGAUCACGCAGAACGAAUCCACGGGUUUCCAAAAAUAUCAAGAAUAAAACCAAAAUUUUCCUUUGAUGUUCUAAGGCUUGUUGGGCCAUAUAGGCUCGGGUGUCACAAUAGUCUCGUCUUUCUCUUUCCAAAUGCUACCUUGACUGCUCUUAUCACUUCCGGUUUUGCUUGGUACCAUGGGAAGAAUUUCUUCCAUUGAUGUCUUUCCUCCUACCUGCUGCUCAUCCUUUGGUUCAGUUUCCAUGCCUUCUAAAAGGUCGAGUUCUUUAACGUUGACAAUGCUUGUCUUCUUCCAGAGUUUCCAAAAUGUAUAACUGAUUACCACCAAAGGAGCUGCUAAAUACGCUUGGAAGAAACUGAUUGGAUUUGGCGGCCUAUCAAUUGGAAAUAUAGCCACAUAAAGUUGGGCUGCAAGUGCUAUAAAGGUCAUGACUACUCCAUAUAUAGAUCCAUAAAUUCCAAACAUACUGAGAAAUGGAAGUUCUUUCAAAGAAUGAUUUUGUGCUUUCCAUGCUCUUCGGAAUUGAAUGUGACUAAGACAAAUGCUUCCCCAAAUGAAGGUAGUCGAGAGUCCACAAAUAGACAAAAGCCACCCGAAGAGAGCACCUCCCACUCCUGCCUCUGUAAAAUACGCAAUGCUUCCGAGUAAUAAAGUAAUUAUUAUCGCAUAAAUUGGAUGCCCUCUUUUGGUUGUUUUCAUAAGGAACUUUGGUGCGAAACCAUUUUUGGCUAAAGCGAAAAGUGCUCUUGAGGCGGCAUAUGAUGCAGAGUUGCCAACCGAAAGAGUAGAACUGAGAAUAACUGCAUUCAUAAUACUGGGAAGUGCUUUGAUAUUUGCUAAUUGAAUGGCGAUUACAAACGGCGAUAAAAGAGCAUCCGAUUCUCCAGUGGUGCGUAGGUUAGGGUUAUUUGAAGGUAUAACCAAUGUUAGCAUAAAUAAUGCUAACACGUAGAAAAGAAGAAUUCUCCAGAAAAUUUGACGGACCGCUUUUGGAAUUGUCUUAUGAGGAUCUUUUGCUUCAGCAGCAGCUAAUCCUACUAACUCUGUACCGGAAAGUGAAAAGAUUGCUAUGACAAGAACAGCACAAAAGCCUUUAAUUCCGUUAUUAAACGUCAAAGGCGAUUUCCAAUAGGAGACGCCAAUCACACCUCUGGUAUCUGUCGGCACCCCUCCAGCAGCAAUAAUGAUACUAAGGAAUAAGAAUCCAAAAACAGCAAUAAGUUUGACAAUACUCAAAAUGAAUUCAACCUCACCAUAGCCCGCUGUUCCCCAAAUAUUGAUGCCGAUGAUUAUUACAUAAAAGACGGUAAUCCAUACAGAAGCACGCCCAGGGGCAUGCCAGACAUUAAUAAUAAGGGGUGCCACUGUAAGCUCAAGCGGAACUGUAACUGCAAAGGAUAUCCAAUACUGGAUUCCUACCGCAAAACCCCAUGCUGGAUCGAUGAAGCGGGAGAAAUAUGUAUAAAAUGAACCAGAGACGGGAUAGAGAACUGAAAGUUCAGCAAGAGCACUUGUGGUAAACAAGACGUAGAGUCCAAUGAUGGCGAACGCUAUGAUGAUGCUAGCUGGCCCGCCGUCUGCUAGCGCAUUCCCGGAACCAACGAAAAGUCCUGUUCCAACGCAACCUCCGACGGCAAUCAUUCGCAUGUGACGAGGUUUUAAUUGUCUUUUAAGGCCUUCAUCAGCAUUGUUACUUUUGAUGUCCACAGUGUUUUCAAGGUCAUGGUCAAUGUCAAGUUGUUCAAAGCUCUGAGGGUUUUUGUCAACAGGUGAACUUAAUCUUUCUGUGUCUUUUAACAUUGCCUUUUCAAGGUUUGUAGUUAUGUCUUCGUAAAAACUGGAGGUCAUGAACUUUUGAUUUUGCCUAUACAGGUUCUUCAGACGAUAGAUAUAAAAAGUAUUUGUGUCGCUACAACGAUAGCCACUAGGGUUCGAAAGCAAUGAAAGAAGGAAUGAAUGGGUUAUCGCUUAAAGUGUGGAGCGAAUAUCGAGUCAGCGUCUUUGGAUAUUGACCAAGAAUGCCCUUUUCAAUGUUUAUCAGAAAAAAUUUAUUUCGUUGGAAGACGGUACUUAAAAGGAAUUGAGAGGAUAUGCGGUGUUUUUGAAGUGUUUUGAAAGGCUAUGUUCUUAUGAUGAUGGAAUCGACUGUCUCAAUGAGUUACCGAUGCUUGACAUCAAUUGAGACUGUUUUCAGGUAAUUUGAACUCAAUCAACAGACCUAAAAUAUAUUCUAAAAAGUGGAGAAAUAGUACUUAGCUUUUGGGUUUUGGCAAUAUCUGUAGUUUCAUUUGAGGUUGAAAAACCGUUGGCAUUACAAUUGUUCACACAAUCGGAUGAACUGACACAUAUAAUUACUUUAGUUUCGUUAAAUGUAUACUUCUAAAAGAUUUGUUAGACAAUACAAUUCCUUGUUAUUUAAGAC